CAGAAGUCAUAGGGUUCACUGACCCACAGAAGGAGGAAUACUUCAGAAAGAGGUUCAGAAAGAAGAAGCAGACCAGCAGGAUCAUCUCCCAUAUCAAGACAUCACGGAGCCUCCACAUCAUGUGCCACAUCCCAGUUUUCUGCUGGAUCACUGCUACGGUCCUUGAGAACGUCCUGGAGAACGUCCUGGAAAUCAGAGAGGGAGGGGAGCUGCCCAAGACCCUGACUGAGAUGUACAUCCACUUCCUGGUGGUCCAGGCCAAACUGAAGAAGGUCAAGUAUGACGGAGGAGCUGAGACGGAUCCACACUGGAGUCCAGAAAGCAGGAAGAUGGUGGAGUCUCUGGGAAAACUGGCUUUUGAGCAGCUGCAGAAACGAAACCUGAUCUUCUAUGAAACAGACCUGAGAGAGUGUGGCAUCGAUGUCAGAGAGGCUUCAGUGUACUCAGGAGUGUUCACCCAGAUCUUUAGAGAGGAGAGCAGCCUGUACAAGGACCAGGUCUUCUGUUUCAUCCACCUGAGUGUCCAGGAGUUUCUGGCUGCUCUUCAUGUCCAUCAGACCUUCAUCAACUCUGGAGUCAACUUGCUGGAGGAACAACUAACAACUCACCGUUCUUCAACCGGUUUCUAUCAGACAGCUGUGGACAAGACCUUACAGAGUCCAAAUGGACAUCUGGACUUGUUCCUGCGCUUCCUCCUGGGUCUUUCGGUGGAGACCAAUCAGAACCUCCUACGAGGUCUGAUGACAUCAAACCAAAGAAGUUCACAGAAAACUAUCAGAUACAUCAAGGAGAAGAUCAGUGAGGACCUGUCUGCAGAGAGAAGCAUCAACCUGUUCCACUGUCUGAAUGAACUGAACGAUCGGUCUCUGGUGGAGGAGGUCCAACAGUCCCUGAGGUCUGGAUGUCUCUCCAGAGAUAAAGUGUCUCCUGCUCAGUGGUCAGCUCUGGUCUUCAUCUUACUGUCAUCAGGAGAUCUGGAGGUGUUUGACCUGAAGAAGUUCUCAGCUUCAGAGGAGGCUCUACGGAGGCUGCUGCCGGUGGUCCAAGCCUCCAAGAAAGUUCUGCUGAGUGGCUGUAACCUCUCAGAGGACAUCUGUCCAGUUCUGUCCUCAGUUCUCAGCUCUCAGUCCUCCAGUCUGACAGAACUGGACCUGAGUAACAACGACCUGCAGGAUUCUGGACUGGAGAAGCUGUGUCCUGGACUGGAGAAUCCACACUGUAAACUGGAGUUUCUCAGCCAGUUGAGGAGUGGCCAGUUGAGGAACUGCAGCGAGUCAGAGUUCCUCAUGAGAAACGACCCAGAAGUGAGAUGGUCGGCGCUUGGUCUCCACCUGGACAGCCAGCGAUGA